AUGGAUUCUAUACUUAAAAUCGUCUCGUUAUUUAGCUUUUGGGACGUGAUAAAUGUUCUGUUACUUUUAUUUUUUCUCCACAUCUUUAAAUUCUAUUUAGAAUAUUAUACUCGUGAAAAUCCUCUCGCAGGUCCAUUUCCAUUACCCCUAAUUGGAAGUCUAUAUCAAUAUCCCGGUGAAAUGAUACCAUGGAUUUAUGGUUUAUAUAAAAAACACGGAGAUAUGUUUGAAUUAUGGAAUGGCUCAAAACGUCAAAUAUUCCUAAAUGACGCCAAACUAAUCGACAAAAUAGCACAGAAUUCGACCAAAAGUAAAUACCUUGUUCGCUUUGCAAUCGGGCUAAAUAAAGGAUUAGAGCAAUUCGCUGACCCACGUAGUGGAAUGUUAUUUAACGGAGAUGUGGUUGGAUGGCGUAAUAAUCGUAAAUUGGUUGAUCAUGUUUUAAUGUCGCCGAAUUUUCAACGAGAAACAAUUAAAAUGAUUGAAAAAUAUUUUACGGAGAUGGAAGGGUUUUGGAAUGAGCUUGGAAUGAAUAACAUGCAACAUCUUUCUGUGUGGGCGAACCGAUUACUCGCUGAUCUUAUGUUCGAUUUGACGACAGGCAGACGAUGUUAUUUCAUGGCUAAAUAUUAUAAUAGCAUUACGAAAACCAAUAAAAAAGAUGUGCCACUUGAAGAGAUCAAAUUUUGCGAUGAUUUUGUCAAAGGAAGCACAGAUGGUGGCCCAGCUGUCCGAUUUCUUUUGCUAGCACCUGAAUUUGUUUGGCGAUAUCUUUUGAGAAAUUUGACACGUAAAUAUUUGGAAACUCGCGCUCGUUUCAAUGCGGUUUUUGAUAACCUUCUUGAACAACGUCGUGCUCAAAUGAGGAAUUUACCUGUCGGUGCAGAGUUACGACCUGAUAUUUUAACUUUAAUCCUCAAUGCUAAUACAGAAAUUCCGAAUAAUCAAAAUAGUACACGAAUGAGCGAUACUGAUAUUAGGGACACGUUAGCGGAAAUUAUUGUUGGCUCUGUUAGUACUACUGCAAAUGUAUUUGCGUUUCUAGUAGAAUAUAUUGGACGACAUCAUCAUAUCAAAGAAAAAGUUGAGCUGGAAAUAAAUUCAACAUUUGGUCAACGAAUUCCACCAAUUAUUACAAUCGAGAACCUUGGACGACUUCAAUAUUUAGAAGCAGUCAUUUGUGAAGCUCUUCGCCUCACUCCAGGAGCAUUCCUCCAACGGACAAAUACCGAAGAAGACGAAAUCGGUGGAUACCGAUGGAAAGCGGGCACCGAAUUCUGUAUAAACAUGAAAUCAAUACACUUUAACCCGAGAGUAUGGCCAGACCCCGACGAAUUCGUUCCGGAAAGAUUUUUCGAUCACGAUAAUGGAAAAUAUAAAAAAGAUUUUCUAUCCUUUGGCUGUGGCUUACGUAUUUGUCCUGGUCGUAAUUUGGCGUUCACUAUUCUAAAGUCAAUGACUGUUUUACUCUAUCUCAAAUACGAUGUGACUUUACUUGACACCGAAUCGCCGAUAAAGUGUAAACAGAUUUUUUUGAAUCAACUUGAUUGCCUUGGUGCAAGAGUUAUUCUCACGCCUCGUCGUGAUAUGAAAAGUUCGGCUGAAUAA